AGGACUUGCUGCGCCUGCUCUAGGCCAGUGCUUUAUUUGCGUAAACCCACUCAGUGGUUCCAACCGCUCUGCAGUGACUGUAGCUCCCUGACUGAUGACCUUAUUGGCCUCCUGGGCCACCCAGGUAGGAAGUGGUGGGGCUAGGAUUUGAACUCAGAUCUGUCCGAUAGCAGACCUUUGCCCUCCCUUCUAUUCCACCAAUGGAUUCACCUGACUCCCAGGGUGAGUGAGGCGAACUUGGGGAGGGCAGGAAACACCUCAUACAGCCAGGGGGAUACAGGAGAUGCAAGGCCUGGCCUUUUUCUCUGACUUGCCUCUUCCUUUGCACCUUGCAGCUCCCCAGGUCUCUGCGCCAUGAGUGGUGCCCCAAGCCACCGGGAGUGCCUCCUGCCCGCCGUGGCGCGCGCCCUCUCUGCCACCCAGGUCACACCUGCCAAGAAGAUAACCUUCCUCAAGCGGGGGGACCCCCAGUUUGCAGGGGUGCGCCUGGCGGUCCACCAGCGCACCUUCAAGACCUUCAGCGCCCUGAUGGACGAGCUCUCUCAGCGCGUGCCGCUGGCCUUCGGGGUACGCUCUGUCACCACGCCCCGCGGCCUGCAUGGCCUCAGUGCCCUGGAGCAGCUGCAGGAUGGGGGCUGCUACCUCUGCUCCGACAAGCAGCCCCCCAAGACCCCUGGCUGGCCGGGGUCGCUGGAUUCCGAAGGCCAGGGCGAGGCGCCAGGAACAACCUCUUCUUGGAAGGGCCCCAAAGCCCCGAGGAGGAUGACACUCGUUAAGAACGGGGACCCUCGGCUCCGGCAGACAGUGGUUCUGAGUCCUAGGAACACCAGAAACCUGGCGGCCUUCCUCAGCCAGGCCUCGGCGGCCCUGCGCUUUCCUGUGAAGCAGGUGUACACCGUGAGUGGGAAAAAGGUGGACUCGCUGCAGUGUCUCCUGCGCUGCCCCUCGACGCUAGUGUGUGCUGGUGACGAGGCCUUCAGACCUCCAGUGAUGGAAGAUGCCAGAAGAAAUGGGACAGAAACCUUACCUGGGCUGUCUUCCAGGAGCAAAACUGGGAGCUGGGGGCCAAAGGCCAAGCAGAGCGUGAUGCACUCACGGUCCGGGUCGGGCAGCGGCCGGCCACGGCGGCUUUCCCCGCUGUCAGAGACGUCUGCCCCCCACCGGCCCCCCGCCUCUCUCCACCGUGCCCAGGGGGCCCCUGCUCCCGACAGACACCUUCGCGACACACCUGCCGCACCCGGCCCCUUGGUGGCCGGUGACGGCGUGGAAAAGAAGGUUCAUCUGAAUGAGGACGGCAGCCUGUCCGUGGAGAUGAGGGUGCGCUUCCAGCUGCUCGGCCAGGACGCGCUGCUGUGGUCCCAGCGGGUGGGGCGGGCCGGCGCCCUCACAGCAGCCAGCAGGGAGGACCUCAGCCUUGGGGAGGCAGACCCCCCCUGCUGCACCUGGCAGGGCCACCCUUGGGGCUUCUCAGAGCCUGGGGCAGGGGCGUCAGGGCCAUGUGAGGCGGGAUUCAAGUGCGCCUUAGGCCAUGGCCAGCAGCCGGGGCCCAGUUACGAGAUCUGGAGGAACCCCCUGUACGCCUCCCAGGGUGAGCAGCCGGCUGCUGAGAAGAGAUCUGGGCUGGCCCCGCGCGCCUGCGGCAGGCGCCGCUGGAGCCGUGGGACAGCUGGGAAGCACGGACGUGGCCAGGACAGCGCCAGCCCAGCCUCCAGUGCGGGACACUCCGAAGGCUCUGAGCAAGACACCUGCAGCAGCCCCAGGACCGUGGGGGGUGGCGUGAGCAGUGGCAGCCUGCAUCCAGCCUCUGCCUCCCCAGCCAGGGGACCUGGAGAGGGCCCCCAAGGGAGCCCCAGCCCACGUUCCAAGGGAGGAAGGCUGGCUGGCGGGGGGCCACGCAGCUGCCUGAGACCGGAGACUGGAGACACAGAUGAGGCCGACUCUGACUCGUCAGCCAGUGCUGGGCCUCUAGAGAGGCCCAGCGAGCAGGGUGAGCAGCUCCGGGGCUGCCAGUGGCAGACAGGGGCCAUGCCUUCCCAGCGGCUGUUGGCACAGGGUGGCAGCCUCGGGGCUCCCACUCUGAGCCCCUCAUCUCUGGGGACUGAAGAUCUGCAGGCAGAGAAGCCCGGACAGGACACCGGGCAUGACCAGGCCAGGGGUGGGGCUGUAACGGGGCUGCUGCUGGCUCCAGGUCAUCCUGGCCCUGGGGACACAGAAGGAGGCUGCUCCCCACUCCCUGCCUGUGCCUCGGCCCGGCAGGGGAGGAGAAGGCAGAGGAGCCCAGCUAGCGCUGUGUGCUCACCUCGCUCUCCCGGCCGAGUGUGCUGCCACCACAGGGACGCCCCCUGCCUGCUCCACGCACCUGCAGCCCUGCAAGCGCCGAGGCCACCCGACAGAGGCGGGGCCAGCCCAGGAGGCCCAGUGCCACCCUUUUCUGAGAAUGUGUUGAUGAGCAGGAAACAGGUCUCUGGGGACCUGAGACCUCCCUCCCCGGGCUCUCUUUACUCCCAGGAGCCCUCAGGAGCCCGCAGUGUCACCCUCACCCCCGUGAGUAACUCAGACUGUGCUUCUAGUGUGCACCCCACCAGCACUCCCUCUGCGGAGCCAGCAGGCGACAUCAAGUACAGAGAGCACCCUCCAGCUCCUGCACUUGCACACACACCCCACCCCUGCCCACAGGCUGGCGCUGGCAGGCAGCGGGGAAAGACAGGGGGCACCCCUAGGCCCUCCCCACCCUUGGUUCUGCUGGCCGGACAGCCUGAAGCAGGGGAGCCAGGAGCCCAGCAAGGUCACAGCUGCUCCCCAAUCGGGACACCGGCUUCCUUCCCUGAAGGCGCCUGGGCGUGCAGCGGGUACUGCCCCACUCCCCCUGAGGGGCGGCCCUCUGCCAAGAAGCCCCCUUUGAGCCCAAGGAACACCAGCAGUGGCGACCAAAGUGCUGAUGACUGGGAGUCAGGUGGGGAUGAACAGGGGGAGGAGCAACUCGAGGUGGGGCCCACGCCGCUCCUAGGCCCUGGGUCAGCGGCAGCAGGGAGAAGGGUCAGGAGCAGCCUGAGCCCCAGUGCUGGGCCCGGGAGGGCAUUAGAGGGGAAGGCGGCCAGCGCAGGGCAAGGCCUUGAGGGGCUGGAGGAUGACGGCAGCGUGACACCCAGCGCCCUGCCCCACGCCUCACCAGACGCCGUGGUCCGCGAGUGGCUGGGCAACAUCCCGGAAGAGCCCGUGCUCAUGAGAUACGAGAUGGACGAGCCCACCGGGGCGGCCAGGGAUGGCCCAGGAGGCCCCGAGGAGGCCCCUGCUGAUGAGCGCCCUCCAGAAAGCCUGGGGGAGCUGGCGCAAGGCGGACAGCUGCUCCUGGAAGGGGACGCGGGGGAGCACCCAGAGCCAGAGCCAGAAGGAGCCCUCCCAGGCCCAAGACAGGCUCCGCCCCUGGGCCACGCGGCAGCUCCAGCUGGAGUGCCUGACUCCCCCAUGGGGGCUGGAACCAGGGAAGGGGCUGCUGGCGCCCAGGGCAGGGCACCGUGCGCUCUUCCUGGCAGGGUCUCUGCCUCCACACAGAUCAUGAAAGCACUGCUGGGUGCCAAACAGAGCCGCCCCAGCAGCCUCCCUGAACUGUCCGAUGUGGUGGCCAAGAGGUUGAGCCACUCAGCAGGGGCCCUCGUCGCCUGCCUCGCCAGGCUCCACUUCUUUGAUGAAGACCCUGGUUCCCCUGCCGACAAGGUGAGGUUCAUAGACUCCCCUCGGUACCGGGAGCUCCUGAGCAUCUCUCAGGCCCUGUGGCCAGGGUGCAGCCCUGGGCGGGACCAGCUGGACCCCAGCCUCGGGGAGCUGGCUCCACACAAGGCUUUGCUGGUGACGGAGGACUUCACACCCACGUCCUCGUCUGGCGUGGACGUCAGCAGUGGCUCUGGAGGCUCAGGGGACGGCAGCGUGCCCUGUGUCCUGGACGGCACCUUGGUGCCAGAGAAGACAGAGCUGCCCCUGGAAAUCCCCUCCCAGGGGCCUGACUCCAGCAUAUCGGAGCACCCAGAGGGUCUGGGAAACCUGCGGCAGGGUUGUCCCACAGCCUCCACCAGCUCGCAAACCUGGGCCUGUGCCACCAGCAAGCCAGAGGCAGCAGAGGGAGGCGGUGGAGAGCAGCCAUUGGACAAUGCAUCUGAACACGAAGUUGAAAAGGUGGUGCGAGGAGAUGGAGGGCAGGUAGAGGAAAUAGAAGGAACGAGAAGAGAAGAACCACAGGAGGGCACCCAGGAGGGAGGGCUUCCAGGGGAGGCUCCCGGCCAUGGGCCCGGGGUGUCAGCAGCCGGUGCUGCAGAUGCGGACCUCUGCACCCUGGAAGACCAGAGAGAGCACAAAGAGGAAGCAGCAAGACGCCCUGUCUCUGCAGGCCUGUGCCCCCCGGACGGGAGUGAGAACCCUCAGGAAACCCCUUGUCCUCCCAGUGAGGGUGCUUCCAAUGCCAGUGACAGCCAAGGGGGCCCCAGGUCAGAGCCUGGUGUGGAAGAGCCGCCCGCAGCAGCCGGCGGGGAACGGGAGCAAGCCCAGGUCAGGUGGAGGCAGGGUGCGGGAGAGGCGGGCAGGUGCACUGCCUGCAGGGCGUGUCUGGACCCCGACCCCGUCUGGGUGUCCAAACUGUUGAAGAAGCUGCAGGCGUCCUUCCUGGCCCACUUGGCUGAUGCCACAGCCCAGCUCCGGGCCCGCUGGAACCUGCAGGACCACAGGCUGCUGGACCAGAUGGUGGCCGAGCUGGAGCAGGACGUGAGCGAGCGGCUCCAAGCCAGCACCGACAAAGAGCUCCAGAAGAUCCAGAGCCGGGCCGGGAGGAAGGCCCUGGGGCCGCCCCGCGAAGCCCUCAGGGGCCAGGCGUCCCUGCAGACUGAGCAGCGCCGGCGCCGCCUCCACGGCCUGCGCAACCUCUCAGCCUUCCCUGAGCCGACCUGUGGCCGGGGGCUCUUCUCCUGCAGCCUGGAGGAUGCCAGCUCUGCGCCCGGGGAGGAGUUCUGUCCCUGUGAGGCCUGCGUGAGGAAGAAAGGGACCCGUAAGUCCCCAAAGGACACCCCGGGGGCCGCUGGUGCGCCCAUCAAAAAGGCCUUCGACCUGCAGCAGAUUCUACAGAAGAAAAAGGAAGGGUGUCCGGAGGGGGAGGCCGCUGAGGGGGGAGGGGUGACGCCAGGUCAGGAGGACCCCGCCAUGGCCGGGGAUACCCCGGCAGCCAGUGGAGGGCAGGGGCUUGGAUUGGGCCCUGGGCCUGGGGCGGAUGAGGGGGACGAGGGUGAGGGGAACCAGGUGCUCAGCAGGGACAAGGAUCCCCCAGGUGGGGAGGCAGAGGGCACUGGUGACCUGGAGAGUGGAGACAGUGUUGCUCGGGGCCAGGCGGAGCAGGGAGUGCAGGAAGGACCCGUGCAGGAGGACUCUGGGGAUGGGCAGGACUGUGAGGCUGCGGCCUCCGAAGGAGGUGACCUGAAUCCAGGAGGACAGGGUGAUGGCGCCAAAGCUGCAGAGGUCCAGGAAGCUCGAGGAGAGGGGUGGCCAGGCUCAGAGGGCAGAAACGGAACAGAGAUGGAAGGCAGCCCCUUGGGGCACCCAGGAGAGAGCCAGAUCGGGGAGGCUUCUGAAACCAGCACCCCAGCCCAAGAGGACAGGCCCGCAUCACCCUCUGCCCCCCGAGGAGACAGCCCCAAUCAAAGGCUGGGCCCCCCGACACCUCCCCCUGCCUGCGCCUCCUGCAGCUCAUCUGCUGCGGCCGUCUCCUCCCAGGAAGACCCAGCUGCAGAAUGCCCAGGCGGGGACAGAAGGGGCAGUGAUGCCGAGCCUCAGGGACUCCCAUGCCCAGACAGAAAAGUCCCCCAGAUGUAUCCUGGAAGCUCCACUUCUGAGCAGGACGGGCCCCCUUCGUGCCCAGGGACCCCAGAGCAGGGCUCAGGUGGCGGCUGUGAUGUACAAGACGAGAAGGUCGCCGGAGGCCUCACCAGCACCCAGGUGGGAGGCAGGGCGGAUGGCUUUGGUGGAGACGACUUCGAUUUCUAGAGCUCAAGCCGUGAGCUGAGGCUGCAUCGGGGACUCUGUUUUCAGUGAUAUUUUGUCUGCCACCCUGAGCGACCCUCUGCUCCUGGAGACAUACAAAGACCUGGGAAGAAUCAUGGGCUUGCCUGGAACACAGCCUACUCUAUGCUGCCCCCGGGGCCUGAAUCGCGGAGCAAAGCAGGGUCACCUGCACGGGGGACGUCACGGAGCCAGGGGGACCCUGCGCUCGCCCGCAGAGCAGGAGCAGGUGGCGCCCUGGAAAGUCCCAGGGCAGUCUCAUGCGUGUUUCUUCUUGCUAGCCCGCAUGGCCCUCCUCCUCCUCCUCCUCCUCCUCCUCCUCCUGCUCCUCCUCCUCCUCCCUCUCCUCCUCUCUACUCAUCUCCUGUUGCCAUUCCUCUUUGGCUUUUGGGUACUCAUUUCCCCUGACUUCGAGGUGCUUUUUGGUUAGUUUUGAAUGUAUUUUGUGACUCUGCAGAUGCAACUAUUUGGCAAAAGCAGGUAAAUUCAGGGUCAAUGAAUACGACUGGUUCUCCAAGUCCACAUGUUUCUCCUUAAUUCAUGUUUUGUGUAUAUGAUGGAAUAAAACGCAAAAAAGCAGCAAGAUGGUGAUUGCCUGUGCUCCCACCAAUGGAGAUAACGUAGGUUAGCAAUUCCAUGUUCUUCCUUCCCAUUGUUCUCGGGUCAUUUUGUAGUCGAAAUUGGUCUUUAGGGACACAUUUACAUGCUUUAUUUUAAAAAACUGAACGAUGCAAUGAUUUAUUCCUUUUAUCUCAACAGCUUCAUAAACUUCUUUUAAUACCCAAAUAAUGUUCCAUUUUGAGAAUAUCAAAUACUUUACUUCACUGCUUCCCUAUUAUAAGACCGUUUAGAUGGGAUCUGUUAUUUCGUUCAUCAGACUUCAUUCCUGGACUUCUGAGCAUUUCCUUAAGAUUGAUUCCCACGCGUGGCACUUCUGGGUCAAAGGCGAUCAAGAUUUUUAAGACUCCCAGUAUCAUGCGAUUUGUUUUUCUGCAGGUCUAAUUACACUACCCAGCUCACCACAGGGCGGUCAUGUCAGUCCUUGGCAUUAUCAUUAAAAACGAAAUGUCAUUUUCUAAUAUUAUGGACAAAAAUAAUAGCACUUCAAUUCAACGUGGUCCUAUUUUAGAGUUGGUUACGAAUGAGGUUAACAUUGUAUCUAAAGCUUUCAAAAACUUUUUGCAAGUGAAUGACAUGUGCAUGCCUUUCACCCAUUUUCUCAUGAGGUCCUUGCUUUUUAAAAUGAAUUUAUUUGUGUGGGCAGUGCUUGCUAUAAUUUUUUUUAAAAGUCCUUUUGCUAUUUUAGAGACUUUAAAGCUCCCUCUUUGCACAGCCUGAGUAUUAGCCCUUGGAUGGGGCAGCCUUGCUCUGGCUUUCCUGCUCAUACCCGGCCAUCUGGUGGUACCAGAUUUAUUUAAAUGGAAACCUGCGCUACGAGAACAGAUGUUGUGCACUGGUUGCUAAAAUGUCUCCACAUGCGACAGACGUUGAGGUAUGGUGCACCUGCCGAUCUGCGCUCACCUUUUCCACA